AUGGCUGCGACAAGGCCUGUUCGGCCAAAACCCCUGGACUGGCAGGGUCCUUCCCAUUUGGAUGUGUUUCUUCGCAAUUUGAAGCUAUUGCAUCUAGAUCAACGGGAGGAGUGGCCCGGCAUAUCUCUCCGUACCUUGGCCCCGACAUCACAGAACCAACGACAACGAAUUCGACUGAUAGAAUGGGCCCUUUAUCACCUCUAUACCAUUUGGGAUCCGGAGGGUGCCCAAAAUAAACUCCGACCCUUCUUCCCCCCGUUAGAACCUCUACAGUCUGUCAACCUCCGCGCAGCCUUGUUUCGGUGCCUAGGUGAACUAAAGAAGAAUGGCGAUCUGGGAAGGGAGAUUGUCCUUCGCAAAACCAUGCUGGAUGAUUGCAAGGGCGAUAAAUUCGAGGAGCUACUCGCUGGCUUCUCCACCGCCGUUCUCCGUAAAGUUUUGGCGGUCUCCGUGGACGAGACGCUUGAGAAUCAUGUCAUAAAACUUUCGACUGCCACUGCCAUAACACCAACCGAUUAUCAGAAUCUCCUACCGCUCAUUCUUUCCCACCAAGUAUCUCUUGGUUCUAUAGGAGAACGCCAUGCCCGGGUUCGAGACGCGUAUCAUCGGUUCUCACAGCUACUAGAUGAUAAAAAGGUCGAACUUACUGGACGUGCGAAUCAAGAACCAGUUGAUGGCGUGAAUGAUAUACAGGGCGAUCCCGAGAGCUUGGUACGUGAGUUACAGACAAAUUGGCUGGGCAGCGAGGAAUGGGCCACUGCACUGCUCGAAGGCGGAUCACAAAGCAGCACGGACGCUUUUCUGGAACUCCCUUUCUCGGAGGCAUGGAUGCGGGCAACGAACUCGAAUGCCAGCGGUUUCAACAGUGGGUUGAAGCAGGACCUUGUCCUUGAUUUGGAGGCUCGUAUUGUACUCCAACGAAGUCGACUGCGCAAGUGGCAUGAAUACAAAAAGUCAAUCUCAAAGGAAAGAGACACCGACGAAAUUAGCACAGCCUCGCCUAAAGAGCCACGUGUGCUAUUCCGGGAUCACCAGUCUCUCACAGUUGCUAGUAUAUCUAAAGCUGUUCGCCAACCCGGGGAUCGCGGACGGACGUUGAAAGGGCCAGAGAAAUAUCUCCUAUCCUCUGUAAAUGAGGCCUUAUCCCGUAUCAACGGCAAAUCCCGCAUCAAGCCUGCAGUUCUCACACCGGAGGUGAAAACGAGUAGCAAACUACAUUUCAGAAGCUCAUCGAAGAUCGUCAGCUCGCCAUCAAGGGUGGCAGAAGACCACACCCCUGAUAUUCCACCAGACCUAGAAACUCCAGAGCUCCACCCCGAGCCCGAGCCCGAGCCCAAGCCACUUCCAGAAUCAGAGCAUAUUCAAUCCUCUCCCCAAAUCGUCCGGCUCUCCCCAGAUCCCCCCUCAUCGGAUGAAGAACCAGCCCCGGAACCCAUCAAGCGCACCCACACCUUAGCAGAGCGCACGCGCAGAUCAAUGUCUCUCCUUCCACCUGUGGCCCACGAAGCGCCACGGCCACGCCGCAGACCCCGCCCAUCUUUCCCGGUCAACCAGUUCGUGACUCCGCGGAAGACUUCUACACAAUCAGCUUGUUCGAGGGAAAUCUCACGUGCUUCAACCCCUCAGGAUCAGCUCUUUGAGGAAGAUGCUGAGUACGCGAGUGUCUUUAAGUCGCGGCCGCGCGUGGCACUUAGUCCUAUUUCGUCGCCGGCUGUGCAUGUCAGUCCCUCUUUUGAGGAGGAGGGUUUUGAAUUGGAUUAUGAGGAUGGGGAUAUGAGUGAGAGUAGUGAGUGGGGUGUCGAUUCGCCUCUGGCUGCUCCACGAUUGAGGGGCUAG